AUGAAGGGAGCGGUGGAGCUUCGGCAGGUCUCGGACUGGAGUGACUAUGUUCGAGGCCGCUGGCUGCGGGAGCUGCUGGAUCAGCGUCGUUCUGGGGAGCCUCCCAGCCGCAUCCUAACCAGCCCCGACAAGCACCAUCUGCUUCUCCUGUGGAACCAGCCGGCCACCCAGCCUCGAGUGGUGGCUUUUCAGCGCCUGGGGCUCGAUGGAGGGGAGCUGGAGAGGACCUGGAAGCCACCUCAACCCGCAGUAGUGGAGCUGCUUUUCUUGGAAAGCCCUGCCACAACUGCCUCCUGGGUGUUGGCUAUCAUUUGGGAGCAAGGCAGGACCGAAGUCUGGCGCUUUGUGCCCACCGCGGGAUGGCAUUUGCUGCAGAGUCUGGAACUGUGCCAUGGAGCCCGUGCUCGGAUUGUCUCCAUUUGCAGCUUGGGGGAACAGCUUGUGUGGUGUGAAGAGAGGCCUCCUUUGGAUGCUCAGCUGACUCCUGAGAGAAGAGCCUUCCAGUAUUGUAUUUGUGUUCGAGGCCUUCAGAUUGGAGAGCAGGGUGUCCAGCUGAGCCCUCUCAGGGUUAUCUUGCACAAUAGCCCUGUUUACCAAGUCUUGGCCAAACCCUCUGGAGUCUUCCUUGUCCCCACCCCAGCCACCUUCCCAGGAAUAGCCAAGUUUGUCCUCAUCUGGCGACCUGAAAUGGCUGAUAUUGUUAUUGCUGCACCACAUGGUCCGUGCGUUUCCCUAAAAGCCUCACAUGCAGGCAGCGAUGUAGACUUCAAAAAGCUAAUGCUGAGUUACGUGGGAUUCUUGGAAUCCAUGAAAAAUUUGGCUGUACACAGCUGCGCCCUAUCCAAUUGCGGAGAGCUGCUCUUGAUCACGCAAACAGGCACAAUACAGGGAGUCCAACCUAAUGGCGUGUGGCGACCUGUCUUUGACUUUUCAGGAGGCAUUUUGUCUUCAGGAGAGCAGGUCCAAUUAAAGGUAUUUGGGGGCAUCCUGGCUUGCUUGCUGAAGGAGACUCUUUAUCUUGUGGAUUUGAACAGUAGAGAGUUGAUAGAAAACAAAGUCCUGAGCACUGAAAGAGUACACUUUUUGGACUCUCCUACCGUAGAAGAAGAAAUCCAGCUCCUUGCUCAGGAUGGCAUUUAUACUCUUGACUUCUCAGACUCUGAUCAAGGCUGCCAGUCACAACCCAACCUUGUGCAGAUGGUGUUUGAAGAAGCCUGCAAAUACUAUCAAAGACGGAGUCUCAGCAGUUCCCAACUCACUGUGGAGAAACUGAAGAAGGGGGGCAUGUUUCAGGCUCCUGUGGCACUCUCUUCCAUCCUGUGCUAUAGUCUUGAUCCCAAAGGAAAAAAGCUCCGGGCCCUCCCGGAAUCUUAUACCAAGCUCCUGGGCACAAUGCAAUUAGAACUGCAGAAUUAUCAAGACCUGGAGUUCCUCAAGUUGCGUGUGGUUCAAUCUUCAGAAAGUGAGGUAAAGACCUAUGGUGAAGCACUGGUGGAACAAGAACUCAGUCGCCUUCUUCGCUUGGACUUGAACAGAGAGGACUUGGCGUACCUGAAUGUCGUAUUCACAGCUUUCCCUGGGGCUUUUUGGAAAGCUAUCCAGAACCAUCUCCAGCUACAAGAGAAUGGGGCUGGCAUGCUGGUAGCUAGAGCCACUCCAGAUGUGUGGAAAAAAAUUCUGGGGGGAGCUACUCUUAGCCCAAGUAAGCAAGAAGAAAGCCCCCUCAAUGGAGUAUUCCCCUUCUUUGAACUUGUCUGUCUUUCUCUUCUUGAGUUCAGGCCUAAAUGGUUGCCUCACUUUGUAGAGCUAUCCCAGCAGUAUUUGGGUGCCCCCUGGACUUAUAAAAGCAAAGAAGGGCCCGAGGGUGGUGUGCCCCUUUAUAAGAGAGCACUAGCUGUACUGCCAAGGUGUGCCAGAUGUCCAGUAGCAGAUGGAGAAAUGAAAAUUGAGCUCUUGCUCUGUAGCCAGAGGCCCAAAGCAAUCCUCCAAGCCAUGGGUCUCCUUAUCCAAUAUGGGAGAUGGCAGCAUGUGAUGGAGACAGCAGAGAAAUUCUCCUUGUUGAGCCCUUUGCUAAACAAAGAGAUUUUUAUUAAUCUCCUGGGGGAGUUUUCCCGGCACCGGGCCCUGGACCCCUACUUGGACAAGUUGUGGGAGCUCUGCCCUGCAGAUAUGAGUGCCCCUGAUGUCCUGAGCAUUAUUCAGCAAAAUCUAGCAUCAGCUGAGCUCAGUCCAUUUCCUUUUGCAGAAGAUGGGUCAUCCCAACUUACUAUUGCCCUGCUCAAACCACUGUUGUACAGACUGGCACAGAAUCAAACAUUCCAGAAUGAAAUUUUUGGACAUGUCUUACAGGUCCCAUCCUUUCCCCCACCAACACCACCCAGAAACCAGCAGUCUCUUCCGAAAGCAGAUUACCAGGAAGAGCUAACCUUCUUUCAAAACCAAACGUAGUUUUUAUCGUGUCACAAUUAGAACACGUAAAAUGGUAUUUAAAAAUGGUUCUGCAAAAUCAGGAGCUGCAGUCUUUAUAUUCCAAGCUCAUCCAGUUAAAGUGGGAAGUUAAAUCACAGAAUCAUGUAUUGUCAAUGACUUUGUUUGGAAGAGUGCAGAGCUUCUAGGAAGGAUUGGAAACAUUUUAUAUCUUUAAACUAGGGUAAAUAAAGGCAUCUCUUCCUUAACCUUUCAGAUAUAUUGGGAUUAUAAUUCUCAAAAUGAGAGUUCUGGAUUGUACAGUAUUUCUAGAACAUCUGGAGG